AUGGAUAUCGUUCUUGGGAUGUCACCAUAUGCCGCCAUUCUGCGAGCAACUGCAUUAUGGGUUUGCUUCACCAUUGGAGGCCUUGGAGAUUUCCUGUUCCUCCUUGCUUUUCUCUGGGGAAGUAGCCUUCCGGACCUCAAUCUUCGCGAGACUUAUCAAGCUCGACAAAUCGAGAUACUCGUGCUAUACUCGCGAUGGACCAGUCGAGUAAUGGACUUGUCAGUGUGGAAUGGCCCAGGGCGGCCUUUGUUGUUCCCUUGUACAACAACACAUACAAGAUUUUUCCCUAAGAAGCAUUCUUUCGUUUAUUCGUAUCUUUUAGUUGGGAUCCCUGUCGGUUGGUCCGGUGCCGCUGGCGGUAUGAUAUCAAACGACCAAAACGGCACGGGCGCAAAAGGCUGGUAUGAAGUUAAUGCUGCUGACUACCUAGAAAGAGGUAACGGUCAUCUGGGUUUGAGAGGCAAGCUAGAUGAUUACCUUAAAUCUCAAGAUGUCGAUACUUCUCUAUAUCCAUACGCGUAUUUGGUUACUGCUGCGAAAUUUCUGGGUUACCAUUUCAACCCUGUAUCUUUUUGGUACCUUUAUUCCGCCGAGAGACGCUUGGCAGCGAUAGUUCUUGAGGUUAAUAAUACAUUUGACGAAAGACGGAUGUAUUUCUUAACAGCUGAUAGCACAGAGGAGCUAGUAGAAGCAUCUGUGGACCAUCGGCCUAAUGAUCCGAAGCCCAUACGGAAAACCUGGAAGAAGGAUUUCCAUGUGUCUCCCUUUAAUUCGAGAAAGGGAGCAUAUUCGGUGGUCGCGUAUGACCCACUAUCCUCGAAUAUGGAAGGGCGAGGUCCGAUCAAUUGCACGAUCAAUCUGAUAUCCACGAAAGAGCAUGCGAAAUUGGUUGCCCGUAUCUUCUCAGAUGGUGAUGCCAUCGACCCCACGGAGAUGACUCCUUUUCAGAAGUUUAAAUUUUUAGCUUCUUGGUGGUGGGUUGGCUUCGUUACUUUCCCUAGGAUCGUGAAAGAAGCGGCAGCCUUAUUCUUUCGGAGAGGGCUUCACGUCUGGUAUCGGCCUGAACCACUCAAGACAAGCAUUGGAAGACACGCUGAUGCAACGGAACGUCAACUCGAGCCGUUAUUCAGGAAAUAUCUGAAGCAUCUCGUCAAAGAGUCGCGUGACCCCUUAAUUGUGAAAUACAUUCCUAGUGGUGUUGCAGAUGCGCCGGCCGAAUCGCUGAUGUCAGACCAUAACGAGGAAAGUCUUCGUCUUGCCGAAACAAUGGAAUUCAAGGUCCUAACCCCGGAAUUUUAUUCAAGAUUUAUUCAUUAUGCUCACGAUUUCGAGGCUGUAUUUUCCGAGCUAAACGAGAGUCAUACGAUAUGGGUAUCGGAACCAAAAUUAUUGCUGAAUCUAUUCGUCAAGCUAUCGGUACCGAUGCCGCUCCAAACCACGAGUUAUCUGGAUUAUGGGUAUUUCACACUCAUAAAGAACUUGCGGCGGAGACCCGAACGAAUAGAGCGGCCUCUGACUUCGAGUCAGACCAGCACUAGCAUUUAUCCUCGAGAAGAUAUUCGAGGUUUUCGACUUUCGUCCAUGGAUGGAUAUUUUUUGGCUCAUGAGGAUAGCAAAUCACUCAAUGCCUAUCGAUCAGUGAUAUUGAGAUUAUUCAUUGCCGAAAGGAUUGCUAUGGGCAAUUUGAAUAUCCUCUGGCUUGAAACUCUUAUUCUCCAGUUGUCGCUAGCCUGGGCAUGUUUAAGGAUUUAUUAG